AUAUGAUGCUCGUCAGUCUGAGAUUGAGCGGCUCUUCAGCAGAUAUGGAAGGGUUGAUAGGGUAGAUAUGAAAUCAGGAAUGUCUUGGAACACCCAUGGGCUGUGCAUCACCUUUCCUACCUGUGCCUGAGUUUAUAUUAUUGUCUUUUUUCCGGAGACCCAAUAUGAUCCACAAUUUGCAAUGGCAUUCCAUUCUUUCGGAAAUGUUUUCCCAGACACUAUUGCCUCCCAUUCUAUGACUUUUUCCCAGCCUCCUUAUCAUCCAAUCAUGUUUUCCAUAUUGAUGUGGCGACUGGUUGGAGAAUGGAUGGAGAAGGCCUCCUCCGUUCUAUGGCCUACAGUUAUUCUUCCAUGAGAUCCUUUAGUACAUUAAAGAUGUCUCUUCCUGAUUAAUCUGGAAACUAGCUUUAGCUUUUCCUCCAUGGGCAGGCUUUGGUUUGCUUUCAUUUACAUGGAAGAUGAGCGUGAUGCUGAGGAUGCAAUCCGUGGACUCGAUAGGAGAGAGUUUGGAAAACAAGGACGUCGGCUUCGUGUUGAGUGGACGAAGCAAGAACGCGGUGGUCGGCGGUCUGUUACUUCGAGAAGAUUGUCAGCUAAUUCAAGGCCUUCAAAGACGUUAUUUGUUAUAAAUUUUGACCCAAUAAAUACUAGGACGAGGGACUUGGAGAGGCAUUUUGAGCCGUAUGGUAAGCUCGUGAAUGUUAGAAUCAGAAGAAAUUUUGCCUUCAUCCAGUUUGAGUUACUGGAGGAUGCUACCAAAGCUUUGGAAGCUACUAACUUGAGCAAAUUGUUUGAUCGAGUCAUUACGGUAGAGUAUGCUGUUCGUGAUGAUGACGAUAAUAAUGAUGAUGGUAGAAGAAAUGGCUACAGCCCUAGCCGGAAAGGCAGGGAGUAUUCUUCCCCUGAGAGAAGAGGUCGUGGUCGAUCUGCAAGUCCAUAUGGGAGAGGCUUGGAAAGGGGUAGUCCUGAUUAUGGCCACGGUCCUAGUCCAUAUAAGCAUCCUGAUCCAAGAAGUCCAAAAGUUGAUAGAGCUGGAAGUCCUGUUUAUGAAAGAUAUCGCAGCCGAUCACGAGGAAGUGAGGAAUGAUAAUUGUGUUCUGGGUAUUUCCAGCAAAAGGGGAAGAUAUUUUUGAUUCUGAUGAAUUGCUUUCUGCAGUGGAGUAGAAGUCUUUGUGCCAUUUUGUUUGGAUGAAUUUCUUUUUUUAGCUUUUUUUUUUAAUUUUGUUUGUAUUGGAUAGUCUGUUGGUUGUUUUUAUUAUUGUUUUCUUACUGACCAUUUAGGAACUCUUCCAAUU